GCUGAAACGUUGUGUUUUCUCUAUUACUUGUUCCUUUGCAGCCUAUGCAUGCUGACGCAGCUACCCACCUGAAAUACUUAAUAGUAUUCUGGCAUGCAUAUACUGAAACUGGAUAAAGCAACAGUACUUGCUUCAUGAAACAAGACUACUGGCAAACGUAUUGACUGUAUGGUGAUAAUAUCACACAAUAUUUUGCAUGAAUUCAGUGAAGGGAUGCUAUUGGUCUCCAAGAACCUACAAAUGAAUUGAAAUGUAUUUGUUCUAACUAUAGUUUUUGGUGUCCAAUAAAACAAGCACAGGGCACUUUGGAUUUGUUAAACAGCUGUGUGAACCAAGGAGUCAAGUUUAUUGAACAAUAUUGCCAUUUGUUGAAAAGGCUCUAAUUGUUUUAGAUAACUUAGAUAAAGUGUCAGAAAUGCAGACGUUGAUGGGUAAAAUGUGCUUGUAUUUGUUAAAACAAGAUUAAAAAAAGUAGAAAAAGAAAAUGACUACAGAUGUCAUUUUUAAGUGGUUCUUAUUGCUCAUUAAUCAAUAAUAUAUAUAUUUUUUAAACGAUACAGAUCAAUGGAGCAUGAGUGAUUUGGCUUUGCAUUAUGGGAAGAGAAAGUGCUAAUUAAUUUUACACAUUACUUGUCCUGGGCCAAAUGCAAUAAAAAACCUUUUCUGAGGACAGCUUGGCAUGUUUCUUAUUGUUUCAGCUUUUAGGCAUUAAUAAACAUAUACUUUAACAACUAAUAGCAAGAACUAAGCCCAGAUAAUUUCAUUGUUAAUGCCACUUUAAAGCUGUUGCAACUUUAAUAUCCAGCCCAGGUUCCUCAAAACUACCUAAACAAGCAUGUAGGUGUGACAGUGUUGAUAUUCCAUUCAAAGUUACAAUAACUUCCAUAUUCUACCGUAUACUUAUAAUGUACUGUACUAUACUGUAAAAUUUAGUUAUAAUUCUAAGUUGAUAGAACAUAUUUUUAAUUCAAGAUAAAUACCUUCCCAUGACCUUUCCUCUUGUUUCUUCUUUGUGAGAAACAGCGAUGUUGACAACAGACUACUGGCUCACACAGUGAUUAGCGGUAUCUGAAGAGUUACAAUAAGUAUAUAAUGGCAGCAUUUUCCUAGGAGACUACAACUAUUUGAAAACGAACUACGAAAAGACUGAGGGAGUGCAAGCAAUGCCUUAUCUCAAGGUCAGACAUCUGAACCUCAAGGUUUGGAUUUCUCUCCCUUUCAGAACUUAAGAAAAUGUUCGGUUAAGUCCAGUAAUUGACGUUGUUCCGGUCCGAGUCAUUAACUUCAUGGCAAGAGGAGGUGGGGUUCUAGCUGCAGCAGGUGAAGUUGCAGGGAACUUCAAAAUGGAGUCCAGCAGAAGGAAACGGAAAUCCUGGGAGUUAAAAUCAGACAUGCAUUCACCAGUAAAAUACAAAAAGGGUAACACAGGUGUGGGCCAGCCUGCACUCUGGAGUGAGGAUGAGACCUUUGCCCAUGGAGGGCCUCUUUCUCCACAGAAUGUCUCCUCAGCGUCUGCUUGCUUCACGCAGCCGGAGCACAUGUGCUUGGAAACCACAAGACUGGCACCAACCUCAGAACCUACUCAUAAAGAAGAAAGCUGUGUCUUUUCUCUGAGUAGCACAAACAACCAUACCAAAUUGUGGAAGCCAUUUAGACAGAAUAGCCAGAAGCAUCAGUAUCCUGAAAAGACAGAAAACCCAGAAAGAGCAUGCCAGGACAAGCCUUCCACACUGACCUUCUCAGUGAAGAGAGACAUAACGCUUCCGCCUCGUAGAAGCAAGGAGACCAACAGAUCUCCAGAGGAGGCUUCAAAAAUCAUAUACCUUAGAGCUCUUUCUGCUGCCUUUGGGACAGAUAUCCAUAAGAAGAUAGGGAAGCAAAGGAUUUUGUCAGACAGCAGGAAGAAGAUAUUGCUCUUGAAAUUGGGAGAUGCAGGGUCCUCUGAGUGGAGCAGCCAUUCUUUUCUUCAAGGAAGGCCUCCUGAACCGGAAAUAGAGGAAAGUGAGGAAAAAACACUGUCUUGUAUUGCAUUCAGCGAGACAGAUUGUGAGGAUAAGGCCAUGGUGAAAGGAGGAAACAGAAGGUUCAUUGUUCUGAAAAAAGAUGAGCCUACGGAGGCAGACUUGUCGAAUGCAGAGGAUGUGGUCAAGGCAGUGACCUCCCAGGAAGAGGACAGUGCUGCAGCAGAUGAGCUGGAGAAACCUAUCUUUCAUGAUCCACUAUCACUGCUAGAGUAUGCAGCCCAUCCUCCAUCAUCACCCUGUCACACUGAGAGAGACUCCUGCAGAAUCGAUCAGUUGCACUUUGGAUCUGCAUUGUUUAACCCUGAAAGUGAUUUGAACCAUAAUGGAGUAGUUGCCAAGCCUGAUCGAUUCUUUGAGCCCUUUACUGCACCAGUGUACACCCAAGUAAGCCCCUUGAGAUUCUUCAAAAGCUGUUCAGAGCCUUUGGAUUCCACUGGCAGUAAGCCCAUAAAAUAUUCAGGCACAGAGGACGUUUACUGUACUGAAGCCUUACAUGUUUUUCCAGACAAAAGCAGUAGACAAGUGUCCAUGGGCGCCAAACAAGGGGAUUCUUUUGAUUUUGCUAAUAAAAAGCUUGUGCAGUCUGGCUUUAUUGAUACUCACUGUCAUCUUGACAUGCUCUACAGAAAGUUGAAUUUCAAAGGAACUUUUGCUCGUUUUCGGAAUCUGCAUGAGAACUCUUUCCCUGCGGAGUUUGAAGGCUGCAUCACUGACUUCUGCAAUCCAGGCAUCAUGAGCAUGCAGCCAUUGUGGGAGGAUCUGCUGGGGGAAGAUAAGGUCUGGGGGGCGUUUGGUUGCCACCCACACUUUGCUCGUUAUUACACAGACGCCCAAGAAAGAAUCAUUCUGAAUGCAAUGCGGCACCCAAAAGCUGUUGCGUUUGGUGAGAUAGGGCUGGAUUACUCUUACAAGUGCACUACGGAGGUCUCCAGACAGAAACAGGUUUUUGAGAGACAGUUGCGCUUGGCUGUUGCAAUAAGGAGGCCACUUGUAGUGCACUGCAGAGGUGCUGAUGAGGAUUUGUUUGACAUUAUGAAGAAGAUGGUGCCUCGAGAUUAUAAAAUACACAGGCACUGCUUUACGGACAGCUAUGAGGUGAUUGAGCCCUUUCUCAAAGAAUUUCCAAAUAUGUCUGUGGGCUUUACUGCUGUCCUCACCUAUCCAACCGCUGUCAAGCCAAAGGAAGCUGUGAGAAAGAUUCCUCUGGACAGAAUCGUGGUGGAGACAGAUGCCCCUUAUUUCCGUCCUCAACAGGUGCUAAAAAGUGUGUGCAAGUUUUCUCACCCAGGCCUUGCCAUAUAUACGGUGAAGGAAAUCAGCAUCUUGAAGGCACAGCGGCUGUCUGAAGUACUGUACACCCUGAGGCAGAACACAGACAACCUAUAUGGCUUGUAGAGCUUCAAGCUAAUCACUGAGUUGCUAGACAAACAUCAAACUGUAUUUUUCUAUAUCCUUUUACAACUGUGCAAAACAACUGUGGUAAUAUCUAUUUUUAUAAAACAUCCAAUGCAAAUGUUCCUUUUCAAUGUCUAUCUAUAAACUGUUGGAAGAGGUUUUUUUUUAAUAUACAUUAUUAUAAUUAGAAUGGUUUAUACAGUACGGUAUGUGAUCUAUAAGGUAAUCCUUUACAUUUUUUUUAAUGUUUGGAUGAUUGAGCAUUUUUACUAUUUUUACUUUGUACACAUGUCAUUAAAGCAAAAAAAAAAACACACUUAAAAAUAAAGGCAGUUUAUUUAAUAGUUAAAGAUUUGAAAAUUGACAACAGGUGGAUUCACUAAUUCAAUACGUUUUUUUAGCAUAUACAGUUUGAGAACAGUAUGUCUUCUAUGUUUAAGAAACACUGUUUCAUCUUUUGUUAAUGGAGAUUAAGAUUUCUGACUUUAUAAGAUAGUGUGAAGAGUUAUAGGUGCAGGUACUGUACAUGUAAAUCGGUGGAUUUGACAUCUGUAUUUAUGUCCUGUCUUUUGUGGUUUUGUCUGUGCUGUGAUAAAGAAGUAUUUCUUUCAUUU